GCCUGUCAGCUUUAGCUGCUAGUGACACGCUGUACAGUCAGAAAGAAAUGCAAGAGGCUUUUUUUCUCCACUAAGUUCUAGGUUAGUGUUACUGUGACAAGGUGAGUACCUGUUACUUAGUGUCACGCACGUCAAUAAAAGACCAGAAAGUGGUAUUGGAGUAUUGGGCUGAUUCACGUGUGACCAACAAGAAGACAGAGAAGAACCAAACCUCAGAGAUUUGCAUACUGACUGGGGAGGAACAAAUGGAGUUUGAUAAAUUUGCAGUUUAUUUCUCAGAGGAGGAGUGGGGCUGUUUAAAUGAAGGACAAAAAGAGUUUUAUAAGGAUGUGAUGAUGGAGAAUUACCAGACCCUCAGGUCUCUAGGAUAUGUUCCUGAGAAACCUUUACUUAUUACACAGAUUGAGAACAGAGAGGAGCCGUAUGUGGGCAAUUUUCUAAUUACCGAAGGUGAAUUUACGAAGUGCAGUAAUCCUAGCUAUGGUGAAAAUACAGUUAGUUGUUUCAAUCUUGUUCAAAAUCAAAGAAGCAACGUGAAAAAUGUAUUUUCUGAAUAUGGGAUUUUUUUUACCAGGAAAUCAGAUCUUAAUAGACAUCAGGAAAUUCAUACAAGAGAGAAAGCAUUUUCAUGUUCUGAAUGUGGGAAGUGUUUUGCACGGAAAUCAGCUCUUAUUACACAUCAGAGAAUUCAUACAGGAGAGAAAACAUUUUCAUGUGCUGAAUGUGGGAAGUGUUUUGCUCAGAAAUCAACUCUUAUUACACAUCAGAAAAUUCAUACAGGAGAGAAAGCAUUUUCAUGUUCUGAAUGUGGCAAGUGUUUUUCUCUGAAAUCAACUUUUAUUACACAUCAGAAAAUUCAUACAGGAGACAAAGCAUUUUCAUGUUCUGAAUGUGGGAAGUGUUUUAUUAGGAAAUCAACUCUUAUUACACAUCAGAAAAUUCAUACAGGAGAGAAAGCAUUUUCAUGUUCUGAAUGUGGGAAGUGUUUUACUCAGAAAUCAGCUCUUAUUACACAUCAGAAAAUUCAUACAGGAGAGAAAGCAUUUUCAUGUUCUGAAUGUGGUAAGUGUUUUACUGAGAAAUCAACUCUUCUUAUACAUCAGAAAACCCAUACAGGAGAGAAAGCAUUUUCAUGUUCUGAAUGUGGGAAGUGUUUUGCUCAUAAAUCAGCUCUUAUUAAACAUCAGAAAAUGCAUACAGGAGAGAAAGCAUUUUCAUGUUCUGAAUGUGGGAAGUGUUUUGCUCAUAAAUCAGCUCUUAUUACACAUCAGAAAAUUCAUACAGGAGAGAAAGCAUUUUCGUGUUCUGAAUGUGGGAAGUGUUUUACUGAGAAAACAAAUCUUAUUAGACAUGAGAAAAUUCAUACAGGGGAGAAAGCAUUUUCAUGUUCUGAAUGUGGGAAGUGUUUUACUGAGAAAUCAGAUCUUAUUAGACAUCAGAGAAUUCAUAAGAAGAAAAAGGCAGCACUUCAUGAAUCCAAAUGUGAUAAAACAAACAGUGUGAUUAAACUAGUAACAACAGAGGGAGACGAGAUCGUGGAUAGUAAACAUAUAGCUAACCAUUUUGGUUCUUACUACAAAGCGCUUUAUAACCUAGACUUUAACAACACUGCCGAACACCAAGAACACAUGAAAGAAUACAUUAGACAGGCAAACUUGCCACAGCUGCCGAAUGUUAACAGGGAAGAACUGGAAUCCCCCAUUACUAUAGCAGAGAUCCUAACAGCAAUCAAACACUUACCGUCGGAUAAAAGCCCUGGGCCAGAUGGUUUUACUAAUUCAUACUAUAAAGAAUUCAAACAAAUAUUAGCCCCACAUCUCCUAAAAUUGUUCCAAGCACUGGAUGAUAGUCAUCACCUCCAACGCGAAAUGCUAUUGGCGCAUAUAUCAGUCAUCCCUAAGCCCAACAAACCACUCACCGAACCAAGCAGCUACAGACUUAUAUCCCUCCUUAACUCAGAUAUCAAGAUAUUAGGCAAAAUAUUAGCCAACCGGAUAAAUAAAGUAUUCUUCCAUCUUAUUCAUUCAGACCAAGUGGGAUUUGUCCCGGGAAGGGAAGCAAGAGACAACAUUAUUAGAGCCUUAACAUUAACUACAUAUGCUAAAUCACACAACAUCCCCGCAGUCCUGAUAGCCACAGACGCGGAGAAAGCGUUUGAUCGCAUUAAUUGGACAUUCCUAAAAGAGACGCUAGUAGCAUUAGGAUUCGGACCGAAAAUGAUAACACGUAUCCUCCAAUUGUAUACACAACCAAGUGCCAAAGUAAAAGCGAACGGCAUGCUGUCCACCCCCUUUAACAUUCUAAAUGGGACAAGACAGGAAUGCCCUCUGUCCCCAAUCCUAUUUAUCCUCUCAAUGGAGGUAUUUGCUGCACACAUGCGACAAAACCAAGAGAUCCAUGGCAUUAACAUCGGCCCACAUAACGUUAAAAUCGCGUUAUACGCAGAUGAUGUGCUGUUCAUACUCGCAAAUCCUCAGCUCUCUGUACCAGAGACCCUGAAGGAGAUCAAACAUUUCGGAAGUUUCUCGGGUUUCCUGGUUAAUACACAAAAAUCUGAGAUCAUGAACCUUGGCACUACUGAAAGACACAACAAAGAUCACAUGCACUCUCAGACGCACUCUUUUACAUUUGGGAAUGUCAGGAGCAAAAGCAUUAAUCGCCCUGAAUUGGAAGAGCCAGACACCACCCUUGAUAGGAGCAUGGAAAGAAAGGAACAUAAAAUGGCAUUGUGCAUUGUGAAAGAUUGCCCCAACUCAAGCAAGAAAACCAAACUAAAUACAGCAACAUCACUACAUGUGUUUCCAAGAAAUGCAGAAACUAUUCGUCAGUGGUUGCUUGCAACAGGCCAAUUUGAUGAUUGCUUAGAUGAUAUGGUUAGCAGAGUGAUUGAAACGAACAAGACGGGACGUUAUAGGAUGUGUUCACUUCAUUUCGCACCAGGCAAUUAUUAUUCAAACGGACUGAAAAUGUGUCUCUACAGACAUGCAUUUCCAACUGUCUUUGGAAUAAAUUUAUCCAGAAAAAUUCAAGGUUUGAGACAACUGACUUCAUCUGUGCAAAGCUCUACACAUAAUGCAAAGAAAAUUGUACUUUCAUUGAAUGAAGGUAACGUUGUUGAAAAUGUUAUCGAUCAUGUCGAAAAUACUGCUGCCCUAACUUCUGUGGGUAAAUCACAUGUUGUUAAUUGCCAUUCUUGUGGACAUCAGAUCAACAAAGUGUUCAUGGAUGCUUCAACUAAUACAGAAUCCAACAUGGAACAAAAGCAAGCAAAGCUUGAUGGAUUGCAUGGAACCGUAGCAUCUGGUGCCCAAACCAAUGUAUUAUUUGGGCGUCUAGAGAAAAACCCAGGCACCGGGCUAUUAACUGUGAAGGAAGAGGAUGAGACAGAUGGCAUGAAUAGUCAUCAGACUGAAAUACAUUGGUCCCUCCCUGCCGAUGAAGAUAAAACUGAUAUAGUGAAGGUUAAGAUAACAGAAGAUUUGUGUGUGGCACAUCAACUGGAAGCAACAGAUGAGGAAAGCAGUGACAGCAUUAGCCCUGAUGAAGAUAACACUGAUACAGACAAAGGGGAGAUAACAGAAGAUCUGUAUACCUGUAAUCAGGUGAAGACUGAGGAGGAUGAAGUUCCUAUAAAUACGGCUACAGGUAGAUUCGCAAACUGCAGCAAUCCAAGUCGCAAUCAGACUGCAGAUGCUUCUUUAAAUAUUUUCCAAAUAAGAAGCAAAGUGCGACAUUUCUGUUCCGAAUGUGGAAAAUGUUUUACCAAGAAAUCACACCUUAAUGACCAUAUCAAAAUUCAUACAGGAGAUAAACCAUUUUCAUGUUCUGUAUGUGGGAAAUGUUUUGCCAGAAAAUCAAGACUUAUUAAUCAUGAGAAAAUCCACACAGGAGAGAAAGCCUUUACAUGUUUUGUAUGUGAUAAAUGUUUUACCCAGAAAUCAUAUCUUGUAGACCAUCUGAGAAUUCAUACAGGAGAGAAACCAUUUUCAUGUUCUGAAUGUGGGAAAUGUUUUACUUGCAAAUCACAACUUUUAAGACAUCAGAAGAUACAUACAGGAGAAAGGAGAUUUGAAUGUUCUGAUUGUGGGAAAUGUUUUCAUCAGAAAUCAGAUCUUAUUAAUCAUCUGAAAAUUCAUACAGGAGAAAGGGCAUUUUCAUGUUCUGAAUGUGGGAAAUGCUUUACCUUGAAAUCAAAUCUUAUUGCUCAUAUGAAAAUUCAUACAGGAGAAAGGGAAUUUUCAUGUUAUGAAUGUGGGAAAUGCUUUACAAAAAAAUCAACUCUUAUUACUCAUCAGAAAAAAAUUCAUAUUAAAGAGAAAACCCAUUCUGAUUGUGGGACAUCAGAUCUUAACCUAACGUUUUAGUCAUUAUCCACACAGUGCCUAGACAUUUGAUGAUGACUGUGUGUCAUAAUCCUGCGGGGGUGGUCAUCAAGCAGUUACAAGGUUUUCGAUAAUGCUAGAGGAAUACCCAAGUUCCAGAAACGUGUGUUAGACUGCUGCAGUCCAAUAGGGAGCUAAAUAGAGGAUCAGUAGUAAAACCCCUCAUCUCAGCUUCGUUAGGGCCUAGAAAUCCCCAAGAUCUACUUUUUGCUAGACAGUUACCUGUUCUUCCAAAUGGCAUAUAACUUGGCAAAAUAAAGUUUAAAGGGAUACUAAACCCCACAUUUGAUGUCAUUCAAAUAGAGCAUGCAAUGUUAAGCAACUUUCUAAUUUACUCCUAUUAUGAAUUUUUCUUUGUUCUCUUGCUAUCUUUAUUUGAGAAAGCAGGAAUCUAAGCUAAGGAGCCAGCUCAUUUUUGAACCAAAAAUUGUUUGGCUCCUUAACUUAUAUUCCUGCUUUUUCAAAUAGUUGCUUAACCCCUUUGAGUGCUAACAACAGCUCUGAGCUGUCGCAAAUUUUCUCAGCCAAGUGCCAACGACGGCUCAGAGCCGUCACUAGCACUCCACCCACCUUGAGGACAAUCUGGGGGCUCCCACCUACUCCUAUCUCGGCAAUCUGGCCUGAAUAGUGAGAGGCAUCGCCAGGGCUUCACGUUUCGCAUGGUAACGUCACACGCAAUGACGUGAUUAUGUCACUGCACAACUUUAUUUAAAAUUAACAAUGGACAAUAUAGGGAGAUGAGGGCAUGCUGCUUAAAUGCCUGUAUCUCGGGCAUCUAAACAGCUACAGACCCACAAGACCCACCAUUGGAAAGGUAAUUGCCUAUAAGUUUUGGAGAUCUGGGAGGAAAAAGUAAAAGUGUAAAAAAAUAUAUUUAAAAAAAUAAAAGUAUAUAUAUAUAUAUAUAUAUAUAUAUAUAUAUCUCAAAACCAGCUUGACACCAAGGUGGGAAAUGGCUUAGCAGCCAAAGGGUUAAAAUUGCAUGCUCUAUUUGAAUCAUGAAAGAAAUACAAUGGGUUUAGUAUCCCUUUAAGCACAAUUUAAAAAAUAAAUAAGAUCUAAUCUAAGUUGUCUCUAGGCACUUUUAAAAAAUGCCUAAGCAAACCCAAGACAACUUGUUUUAAAUCCAAUAAAUCCCUCUUUUAAAUAAAAUGUGCUUUUAUUUGAGUAGAGGCUCUUGGGAGCCACAUGAACAAUUCAAGGUUAUACACAUAUAGUCAAAGACCCUUUUUUGAAAUGUAGGUACUGUUGAGGGCAUUAUAAAUCUCAUAGGCGACAACUUCCAUAGCUGAAAGUUAAAUUGAACAGUUGUAUAGUUGUACAUUGUGAGCACCUACGUUAAAAAGUGCAAGAGACUUCCAAAAGCUCUUUUCUGGAUUUUUAUAGCCAUCUCUGGCUACAGGAUGCAGCGUAAUGCUUAAUUAACUGUUUAUAGCUACUCACUGUUUGCAUGAAAAUGCAUUGUACUAAAAUGUAAUUUAAAUACUAUUUCUUUCAUGUAAUUAACAAGAGUCCAUGAGCUAGUGACGUAUGGGAUAUACAUUCCU